AAUUUAAUCUAUGCUUCCGUCCAGGUGUGCGGGUAGAAGAGCUUGUCCCAAGCUUUCCCAAAGUGAAGAUUUAAGGGGAUUAGAUUUGUAAUCUCAGACAGGGUGUCGCUUUCAGGAAGUAGGUGUGAGGCCUGAAUCUUAACCGAGACCUACACCUGGACCUCUUGUUUCUUUAAUUCUCAGCAUGGGACCCAGGGACCCGUGGUCUGGCUAGCAGCCCACUCGCUGUCAAUUGGCCCCAGGACACCCCGUAACGACUCUCUGGACUCGGGAGACCGCACCUAGACACGGGAGCCUUCGAUGGAUAACUGUCCUUAAGAAGGACUCCAAGUGACCUUGUUAGAAGGUGCGAUCCCUUUAAAAGGAGGAGUCCGGCGGGCGCAGGCGUCACAAAUCCUAAAUCCAGACUGGACCUGCGCGCCUGAUCCGGAGGUCCCGCCCCGCGCCCUCCCAAGGCCCCUGCUUCCCAGAGCGGCCUCGCCGGGCCCCGCCCUCAGAGGGCGGACGCUGAUUGGCCAGCUCGACGGCGGGGCGGGGCUGAAUCUUAAAGGACCAGGAACUAAGCAAACGGAGAAGACCGGGUGGUGGCUUCGAAACCCUGGGGGUGCGGGUGGGAGAUGCCACGAAGCCCCAUAUGGGUUUCUUUAAAAACCCUUUAGUCUCCAUACCCUAAUCCCGGGACCAUGGAACCCACAAGAGACUUCCCAUUGUUUGGGGGCGCCUUCUCCGUCAUCCUCCCUCCAGGGGCUAUUGAUGUCAGCGACCUUCGACCGGUUCCGGAUAACCAAGAAGUGUUCUGCCACCCAGAGACCGACCAGAGCCUGAUCGUGGAACUUCUGGAGCUGCAGGCCCACGUGCAGGGCGAAGCGGCUGCGCGAUACCAUUUUGAGGACGUCGGCUGGGUGCAGGAGGCUAGGAUCCAGCAGGUGGAGUCGGUGCAACCCCUCACUUUGGAGAACCUGGCCCUGCGGGGCUGCUGCCAAGAAGCCUGGCUCCUCUCUGGGAAACAGCAGAUAACUAAAGGGAGCCAGCAGGUAGCAAAGGAUGUGACACUCCAUCAGGCUUUGCUUCGGCUGCCCCAGUACCAAACUGAUCUCUUGCUCACCUUCAACCAACCCCCCUCUGAGAACAGGUCAUCUCUUGGUCCUGAAAAUCUGUCACCUCCACCCUGGAGCCUGAGUAACUUUGAACAACUAGUGACCAGUCUGACCCUCCAUGAUCCCAACAUCUUUGGUCCCCAGUAAAGAUUCCUGAAGCAUUGUGUGAUGCUGCUGAGAAUUUAGGGACCCAGUUCUGGAAGGGUGGAGGAAAAAGAGGUGAAUACCCGGGGUUCCUUUUACUUCUCUGUGCAUAAACAUAAGACACCUCCUCUCUGCAGAAAUAAACUUGCUUUAUAACCAAUA